AUGUCUAGGACUACCAAGGGGCCACAGGGAGACUGUCAAGACCCCUUGGAUGUGGCUUUGUGGCACUGCUGUGGUUACUCUCGGUGUUGGGGUUUCUGUCCUGGAUCCCUGGUUCCUGUCACCGGGACUUAUUCCGCUACGCCCAGAAACCAGUCCUCCUGCACCCUGAACAUCUUCUGCCCACUUAUCUUGCCACCCGACACCUCCGCAAGGGUCUGUCCUCUGCACCCCAGGCUGCUGACCGGCAGCGAGCCCCUGACCAUCCUCCCGCUGACCCUGGAGCCCGAGGCAGCCGUACAGGCACACUACAAGGCCUGCGACCGGCUGAAGCUGGAGCGGAAGCAGCGGCGCAUGUGCCGCCGGGACCCGGGUGUGGCGGAGACACUGGUGGAAGCGGUCAGCAUGAGCGCCCUCGAGUGCCAGUACCAGUUCCGCUUUGAGCGCUGGAACUGCACCCUAGAGGGCCGCUACCGGGCCAGCCUGCUCAAGCGAGGCUUCAAGGAGACUGCCUUCCUCUACGCCAUCUCCUCAGCUGGCCUGACCCACGCUCUGGCCAAGGCCUGCAGUGCAGGCCGCAUGGAGCGCUGUACCUGUGAUGAAGCCCCUGACCUGGAGAACCGGGAGGCCUGGCAGUGGGGUGGCUGCGGAGACAACCUUAAGUACAGCAGCAAGUUCGUCAAGGAGUUCCUGGGCCGGCGGUCGAGCAAGGACCUGCGUGCCCGUGUGGAUGGGGUGUGGCCCACAUGCUCACAUCUCUCUCUCUCUCUCCAGGUGAUCAAGGCUGGGGUGGAGACCACGUGCAAGUGCCAUGGUGUGUCAGGUUCCUGUACUGUGCGGACGUGCUGGCGGCAGCUGGCACCCUUCCAUGAGGUGGGCAAGCGCCUGAAGUACAAGUAUGAGACAGCGCUCAAGGUGGGCAGCACCACCAACGAGGCUGCUGGUGAGGCAGGCGCCAUUUCACCACCCAGGGGCCGGGCCUCGGGCACAGGUGGUGACCCGCUACCCCAUACACCAGAGCUUGUGCACCUGGAUGACUCGCCCAGUUUCUGCCUGGCCGGCCGCUUCUCCCCAGGCACUGCUGGCCGCAGGUGCCAUCGCGAGAAGAACUGCGAGAGCAUCUGCUGUGGGCGAGGCCACAACACACAGAGCCGAGUGGUGACACGGCCCUGCCAGUGCCAGGUGCGCUGGUGCUGCUACGUGGAGUGCAGGCAGUGCACACAGCGGGAGGAGGUCUACACCUGCAAGGGCUAGUGCCAGGUGGCCAGGCUGCUGUGGGGGUGCAGGCAGCGUGUGCAGCAGAGGCAUCUACACUUGCAGACUGAGCCCUGGGCUAGGUGCUCCCAGCACAUUUGGGCAUGAGGUGGGGGCAGGAGCCCAGCCUGGUCUGACCUCUGCAUACCCUCUGCUUUUCCCGCCCCGGAACCCGACAGCAUUGCACUGAUGCUUUUUGUCCUUAAGAGUCCAGUUCCUGUGUCUCAGUGCCCCUCACCACUUGGGCUCCCUCUGAGGAGCAUGGGUGCACCUUCAUGACCACACAGGGCCUCUGUGGCAGCCUGUUGGCUGCCCUCCACCAGCUCUGGUUAGAGUCAAACCACUAGGAGAGGGACGGCCAGUGAGGGGGAGGCGCUGCUGCUCCCUCUGACAUCAAGCACUUCUCUCUGGAGUAAUAUCAGUGACUUUUAACUUAUUUUAAUUUAACUAAUAUAUAAUAAUUAUUUUCUUUGUCCCCAUUAUGUUCCAGGCUGUGGCUCUCCCAGUCUGCUGGGCCCCCUUCCUCUCUCCUCCCCCCUCUCCUUUUUUUAUUUGCCUUAUCUGCUUUGUGUUUGAAACCACUAAGUCAAGAGAGACGUUGCUGUCGUUGCUCUAAGAAUUAAAGCGAGAUGUGUCUGGCCACCUCCCUCAGGGCUUCUGGAAGUCAGGUCCAGGCUGCUGCCCCCAGGGAAGCCAUCCUGGGAAGCGAGCAUGUGGGCACACGGUCCUGCACUCCAGCCCCUAAAUGCAGAUUUUGGAGCCUGGGGUGGCAAGGCUGGCCUGCCUUCCCCAAGGGGUAUGCAUGGGCAGAGGGGCAGGGCCAGCCCCUUGGAGUGUUUAUUUCACAAGGAAGGCACAGCUUGCUCUGUGUCAUUGUGGGGGAAGCAGGGUGGGAUAGAUGUGAUGGAGUGUGUUUGGGGCUAGGAUUUGGCAAAUGGAAGGCUGUGUUCCUUGGCCAUGCUGUUGUCUUUGCCGGAAGGAGUAAAGGAUGGCCUACACCGACCUGGUUUGGUGUUAGUGUGCGCACACAUGUGCAUGUGUGCUUGAGUAUGUCUCUGUGUGUGAUGUGUGCAUGAUUGUGCAGUGUGUGCAUGUAUAAGUUGCAUGUGUGAUGUGUAUGCAUACAUGACUGCACACGUGUGUAUAAACACAUGUCAUGCAUGCAUACAUGAGUGCGUUCAUGGGUGUGCGUGCUUACAUGGAUGUAUGCAUCUGAGCACAUGCCUCUGCUGUAUGCAUUAUGUAUGCACAUGUGUGGAAGCACGGGUGAUGUGUGUACAUGUGUGCAUGUGCGUGCGCAUGUGCCCGUGUGUGUAUGUUGGUGUGGUCUGUGGGUGGUUGGGGUGUGACCUGGUCCACCCUGUGCCCUUCCUUAGCGUGGGCCUCUCCUUCCCACAUUGACGUGAAUGGCAGCCUUGGCUCUGGAGCUUCUGCCCUGGGCCUGUCCUGCUCAGCUGGCAGCUGUGCUCCAAGGGUGCAGGCAGUGUGGAAGCAGGAACUACUGAGCUAGGGCAUUCCUUGGAGUCCCAGGGGCUCCAGGAACCCCAGGGAACUGUGUUUUUAAAAGAAAACCUAUUUAUGUUGAUGUGGGUCUCUUUGUUCCUGUUUUAUAGUGUAAAUAGUAAAGUUUAUUCUCCUGUGGUUCAGAGAACACACCGUGAAUAACUGCUGUGGAGGCCCAUCCUGGAAGGGAGCCAGGUGGGCUCCUCAGUGGCAGGAGAUGUGGACCUGCCCCUCAUCUCUGCAGGCCUGGCUGGCUAGGGGGUGAGCUGGGGUGCCUCCUGGUCAUCCCCAUGCAUCCCUGCCCGCUGGGCCCAGAGCAGGUGGAGCGGCACGCUCCCACGACAAGACUGUAGCCAGUCACUACUGGGUCUGGAAAGGUGGCAAGUCAAAAGAAGGAUAUAUAUUUUUUAAAUUAAAUACCACAUUUAGCUAUUUUUGUCAUAAAUAUUAAGAAAAGUAUUUUUUAAAACAAGGCAGACUGAAAAUGUCUGCUGGCUGGCUUGUUCAUAUAUAAAUAUAUAUCAGAAUGUCUUGCUAAACAAAGAAGCAACUCCCUCGGAUGGAGUCUCUCCUAAACGUGCUUCUCUUUCAUGUGGCAGGAGGGUCUCUGAAGGCAACGUGUCUGCAGUGGGGCCAGGGCCCCGGGGUCAGCCUCUCUAGGAGCUGCGGGGUGGGCAGCCAUGCUGAGGGCCAGGCGGGUCCCGGCCACCUGCUCCCCACCAGGUCCUCGAAUGUGGGUUCCGGGCAGGCUCAGCCAGUCCGGAGGUUGGGAGGAGGGGCAUUCACACUUGACUCCUCUGUGUUCAGGCUCUCCCGCCAGCCUACCCACUUCUCUACCUCAUCUAUAUAGUGAGUAGGUGUGUACUCGAGUGACUAGGAGAAUGUAUUUAUUUAACGGCUUUGUGUAACACAAUCAGAAACAAAUGGAAACACUAAAUAAACGUAUUUUAAAUUAUA